AUGACCAUGUCUCUUCCCACCGGUCUGAGCUCCAUUGGCUACCUGUCCCUGCACGGCGCAAUCUUCGACGUGCGCGGCAAGCACCUGUCGGAGGCGCGGCACUGGUCGGCGCCGGAGGUGUUCGGGCCGCGCGCGCACUUCUCCACGGCGCCGCCGCCCGCCGCGCUGCUCGUGCGCGACGUCAAGCGCCGCGACGAGGGCGUCUACCGCUGCCGCGUCGACUUCCGCAACACGCAGACCACCAGCUUCCGAUACAACCUCACUGUUGUCGUACCCCCAGAAAAGCCGGUGGUUGUGGACCGCUGGGGCAAGGUGAUCAACACCACGACCCUGGGCCCGCACGAGGAGGGCCAGGAUGUACUAUUAACUUGCAGAGUGCUUGGAGGCCGUCCCGAGCCAUCCGUGCGGUGGCUCGUCAACGGCGUGCUGGUGGACGAGGAGUACGAGCACAACACCGGUGAUGUCAUCGAGAACCGGCUGCUGUGGCCGGCCAUCCGGCGCGCCGACUACGCCGCCGUGUUCACGUGCCAGGCCGCCAACUCGCACCUCGUGCCGCCCAAGGAGCUGUCGCUGGUGCUCGACAUGUUCCUGAGACCACUAACAGUGGAGAUAAAGAAACCCAUAGAGAUCGGCGAGGGCGGAGUCCUAACAGCCGAGCGGCGCUACGAGGUGACGUGCGAGUCAGCCGGCAGCCGGCCGCCCGCCGUCAUCACGUGGCACAAGGGCAAGCGGCUGCUGAAGAGAAUUACGGAAGAGCACAGAAACAACCUGACGGUGAGCGUGCUGAGCUUCGUGCCGACGUUGGACGACGACGGGAAGCCCAUCACGUGCCGCGCCGACAACCCCAACGUCACCUCGCUCUCGCUCGAGACCUCGUGGACCAUCAGCGUCGUCUACCCGCCGGUGGUGUGGCUGCGGCUGGGCAGCUCGCUGGCGGAGGGCGACAUCAAGGAGGGCGACGACGUGUACUUCGAGUGCCACGUGCGCGCCAACCCCGCCGUCCGCAAGCUGUCCUGGCUGCACGACGACCGGCCGCUGGCGCACAACGCGACGGCGCGCGUGUUCCACAGCAACCAGAGCCUCGUGCUGCAGAAGGUCACGCGGCACAGCUCCGGCCGCUACGCCUGCUCCGCGCUCAACGCCGAGGGCGAGACCGUCUCCAACGAGCUGCACUUCAGGGUCAAGUACACCCCGUCGUGCCGCAACGGCGGCGUGCACGUGGUGGGCGCGGCUCGCGGCGAGUCGGUGGUGAUCGUCUGCGAGGUGGACGCCGACCCGCCCGCCGCCGUCUUCAAGUGGAAGUUCAACAACUCCGGCGAGACCAUCGACGUGGCCGCCGACCGCUACACCUCCAACGGCAGCGCGUCUAGCCUCAAAUACACUCCAGUGGCGGACUUAGACUAUGGCACUCUUUCGUGCGCGGCCGCCAACGAGGUCGGCACACAACUCACGCCCUGUGUCUUCCAGAUGGUCGCAGCUGGCAAGCCGCACCCGCCGCGCAACUGCUCGCUGUGGAACCAAACGGCCGACUCGGUGGAGGUGUCGUGCGUGGCGGGCUUCGACGGCGGCCUGCCGCAGAAGUUCCUGCUCGAGGUGUACAACUCCGACAGCAGUAAACCGAGGGUGAACCUGACGGCGGAGGAGCCGCUGUGGACGGUGCGCGGGCUGGAGUGGGACGUCCGCUUCCGACUGGUGGCGGUGGCGGUCAACGCCAAGGGCCGCUCGCAGCCCGCGCGCCUAGACGACUUGCUCUUCAGGGAUCCAGAAAAACGAACAGCGAUAACCGCUGCCAAGAGACUGGACACCGUCUUUACACAAGGCGACAUUUCUACUCCAGUAGCUCCUACCACUUAA